UGUCUUAUAUUAGAACUUAUUCAUCAAAUUCUACAAAUUUUCUCGAAAUUUAUUUUUAUAAAUCCCGUGACCUCAUUUUCAGUUUCGUAUUCUGUCCGUUCGUGUGAAAAGCUUAGCACUAUUUAACUAUUCGACAGACAGAUAACUGUGCGCUCGAAAAGUCCGUCUCACCUAACAGCAAAAGCGACACUUCGAGCAAACUUAAAUCAAGAUGUAAAAUUAAACCACUUAUUUUAAAACGAUACUAGAAGUCUUUGUUUCUUUGAACUCUGAGAACAUCACCACGAGGUUGCCAGCUGUUUUGUCUCGAGAGUUUUUAUCUCCAGAAAUCGACACAGCUGAACUUUCUGGAAACAGACUGAAAUCAUAAAGUUAUCGCCGAAAUUGGCAGCAAAGAAGGUUUUUCACUAUUUUUUAUUGCCAGGAGGAAAUGUAAACAUUUUUACUAGAUGUUUCAUAUUUAUAUUUGGAAAAUGACUUUUUUGGUUUCUUUAUCAAAUAGAUAAUAAAUAUGAAUUUAAUUUAAAACGGUUACGAUGUUUUGCAUCAUUUCAUAUAAUUAAUGAUCGCCAAAUUUAGUUUUGCCCAUAGUCAGCAAUUGGCGAUAUAUGAUAAAAGCGUGCCAACUCAGCAAUUGUUUACGUUUAGUUGACCACGUAUGAAAUAUUUUCUGAGAAACUGCGCUUUGGACUCUUGCUACAAGUAUCAAGUAGAAUAUCGCAGAGUUUUUGAUAUUCUGUUUAGGAAAUAUAUGUGAUGCACUUCGGGUAACUUUUGCAUAAAUUUUCCUUUUAAGUGAAAGUUUUGAUAGCUAUGGCGAAAGUUCUUCAGCCCAUCAUUUCUUGCCUGAAAAAAUCUGAAAUCGAGGAUGGAAAAGAUAGCUCACCAGAUAGGGAUAAAAGUGGUUCUUCGUCAGAUAACGCACCUGAAGAAGUGCAACCGGGAUUAAUAUGGCGAAUGUCAUCCCAGUUAUACAACAUUGGCUCCGGAGCUGUCGGAUUAGGUGUCGGAAGCGUGAAAUGGGCUGCUUCAACAACUUACACUGUUGGCACUGGAGUAGUUUCAGCAACACAAACUGUGGUAUCUAAAGUUGUGCCAUCAGCAAUGCCAAAACCCAAAAAGGAAUGAUAUGUAUGUUCUUUUCCCUAGUCUUUGCACUCUGAAUCAAGAAAUUAGAUGUUUGCUGUAUCAGUGUGCAUUAACUUCUUUUAUCAGCCAGUAUUUACAUUUUUCUUGUGUAUUGUAUUGUGUGCUUAAAAGGGCAUAUCUUUUAUAGACUUUUUCAAGUAUAAAUGUUUUUAUGCAUUUAUUUUUGUAGUAAUUUCUUUUGAGUUAAAUGCUAUAUAUGGCCCAAAUGUUAUAAAUCAUCUCAUUUUUUAAGAGUACCUGCUAUUUAGGUCAUAGUGUUAUGCUGUGUUUUUAUGUAAAUUUGUUUUGAUAUUUCAGACUUUCUUUUUAACUAGUAUGGGUUCAGGUUAAGAAAAAGUAUAAUUAUUUUUAUUAAGAAUUUGCAAAGGUAUUAACUAUCUUUAUGUAGAAUCUAAUAUGGUUAAAUAGAUAGAUGCAUGUUUAAACAAAGUUCAUCUAUUAAAACAUGCAUUCAAAAAAAAAGAGAGGAUUUGUCAGGCAAUUCAUAUUUUUUUCUUUUUUUAUAUGAGGCAUCAAGAAAUUGAGCACAACUGCGAAGUUCAAAUAUCAAGUUUUUGCUUUGUUUUAAUGUUGUGUGUUUUUAUUCAUUGAGCAAGAGCUUGUAUUUGAAUAAUAAUUUUCCGUGUCACGCUGUUCAUAAAGUUUUCAUAUCUAAAAUUUUUAGCUUAAGAAGGACAUCUCAAAAUAAAGAGCUAGUUAAGUUGUUUUUUGUCUAAUUAAAGCUAAGUCAUAAUUGUAGAGUUGUAAAAAUAUUGUUGCGUGCGUACAGGUUCAUAACAGAUUGAAUUCACACAGCUCUGAUGAUAGGUUGAUAAAAUUUAUUUUAUUGAACGAAACACUUCAGGAAUCUGGAACUUUCCGGAAAAAAUAGUCAUGCAACUCAUCAGCAUAUCACAGAGUAUGAUCAAUAGUUGCACUUCACACUACUAUGAACAUUAAAUACAACACAAUGUAAAGCGCGGCUAAAGACUGAAGCUAAACUGGAAACAGUACCCGGAACUCGUGCUGGGAUAACAGUUAACAGCAACAACUAAUGAGAAGAGAUGCUGUCUCCAGCCUUAUAUAGUUUUCACCUGGCCACCAAGAUAUUUCUAGUACUUUCUGCUUCUUUAAAUUACUGGAAGGCUAUUAUUAAUUGAAAUUACACCUAAUAUAGUGAUCGAUUGCAUUUAUUCAAUGACAAUUUGGUUAUUUGCCAAAUUUGGCAGCAAACCGUUGCCAGCUUGAUGAUAUCUUGUCAAAUUACCAAGUUUUCCGGCAUAGCUUGUACUGUCUAGAUUUUUUUAUGUUACGUUAUGCAGAAAAAUACGAUUUCACAUAUAACUGCACUAAAAUCUUCCAUCUGUGUACAAAAUUCUUAACAAUAUAUUUUACUUCAGAUUAAGCUUAUUUUUAGUACAAUUCAAAGCAUGAGAAAUAGCUUUAAUGUUCUUUUCGAUAUGCAUAGGAAAUGCUAGUAUUAAAAUGACAGCACUUUUGAUGUCAGUGUUAAGAACUAUUAUUGUGUAAAAUAAUGAAUAUUAUUGGAUUUAAAUAUCUUAUUAUAUUUGUAUUGUUUCUAAUAUUAAGUUAUUCUGUUACUGAACAUUCUGUCUGUUGCAUAUAUUUGAAUUAUAUUCAUAUGAAUGUAACUAUUUAAGUUACAUUGUUUUGUGUUCAGAUUUGUUUCUUGUUGUCUAUAUAUUACCCUACAUUCUAAAAUAUUUUGUUCCCUUAUUACCCUACGAUCUAAACUAUUUUGUUUCCUUGUUAUAGCUUAUAUCCUUGAGAUUAUUUUUUUCUUUAAAAGUAAAUGGCAUUAUUAUGCAAAUUGAGGUGAUAAAUACUGUAUAAAUUAAUGCUGUGUAACUGGUAUUAAGAAGCCUAUCUAUGUAAAAAGUUUUAAAUUGUAUUUAUAAAUAAUAAUAUAUAUAUAUAUAUAUAUAUAUAUACAUAAAGAAGUAAAGUAAGAAAUUUUUCACAAAGACCAAUAUAUACAUACACAUUGUGUGUGCAUGUGUGUAACUAGCAUUUAUAUUUUGACAAAAUUUUGAGAAAAUUAUUUUUAUUUUCUAUCAUUUUUUAUGUAAUUUGUGAAACAUGUUCUGAAAUUUGAUCAUUUUACUGUAGAUGGUGACUUCUGCUGAAUAAGCAACUUAAUGUGAAUCUGAGCUUUUUCAGAUGUUUGUUAAACAAGUUUAACAUAGUAUUUUGGAAUUCAUCUUUUAAGAUAAUGUGCUUUAUUAGUAUGUGUACACUAUCUAAUUGAUCUUUAAAGCUUAACAGGCUUUCAAGGUUAUUGUUUGAUUGUGAAUCAAUGCAAGGCUCUAAUGAGUUCAAUUAAAUGCAUAAUCAAUUUCAGUUGAGAGAGAAAGUGCCUUUGGGAUAUUUUAAAAAUAUUUGAUAUUUAAGAAAAUUUUUUAGUUCUGCAUGUGAACAAUGUUUGCUCAACUUGAUUUCAAUGAUAACAUUGAGCAACAUUUUGUUGCCAGUGCAUUUAUUGUUUUUAUUUUAAAAAAAAAGUAAUCUGACCAAAAAAUCUGCAUUCGUUAUAAAAAUAUCACUGUACCGGUAAUUUAAUUUUAAAUAUGGAUUCUAUCAUUUAUUUUUAAAAACAUCUUGUUAAAUAAAUUUUAUUCAUUACAAAAUAAUGUAUAGUUCUGAAGCAUACUUUAAGCACUGAGUUUGAAAAUAAUCAUAAGGAACCUUGUCUGAAAAUAAUCAUAAGGAAGUCUUGUUUCUGUGUCCUAAGUAAAUCUAGUCUGUGUGCUGUUUUAAAUAGAAUAUUUAAUUAAAAAUAAUUAAUCACAUGCCCCCCCCCCAAAAAAAAAGUAGAAGGUAGGUUUUAAACUGAAUAUCUGUUUUAUAGACAAGGUAGACGUUUAAAGAAACUAUCUUCAAAUGUUUCUGACUUUGCUUUUAUACACAAAUAAAAAUUAGCAAGUAUAUAUCCAUAAUGAAAAUAAAGUAUAGUAUGUGAAUAAUUUAUUGGGUACUUGGAUAUUAGCAUACACCUUAGCACAGUUUGAUGAAUUUAUAAGAGAAACAGAACAAGGACUUUUUGUUGUAAAACAAAAUAUUUGUUACAUGCAUAUUACUGCAUACAUAUUUUAUAUAUCAACUGUGCAUUUAUCUUACAAAAAAAAAAAAAAAAAAAA